CCUUGCUUCUGGCCACCGUGCCUGGAAUCAAUCAUGGCUGAUGACUCUCAGCGAAACUUCCGCUCCGUGUAUUAUGAAAAAGUGGGAUUUCGUGGAGUUGAAGAAAAGAAGUCACUGGAAAUUCUGUUAAAAGAUGACCGGUUGGAUAUUGAGAAGCUUUGCACAUUUAGUCAAAGGUUUCCUCUUCCAUCCAUGUAUCGUAUACUUGUGUGGAAAGUGCUUUUAGGAAUUAUUCCUCCUCAUCAUGAAUCUCAUGCUUUGGUGAUGAAGUACCGGAAGGAGCAGUACUGGGAUGUGCACCACGCUCUUCGUGUAAUUCGCUUUAUUAAUGACUCUACCCCUCAGGUAGAUGUUUUCCUCCGCAUACAUCAGCUGGAAUCAGGAAAACUGCCUCGAAACGUGGCUUUUCCAUUGGAACCCGAAGAUGAAAUUUUUCUUGCUAUUGCCAAAGCAAUGGAGGAAAUGGUGGAGGAUCCUAUAGAAUGCUAUUGGCUUGUCAGUUGCUUUGUGAACCAGCUGAACAGCAAGCACAAAGAUUCCUUACAACAGCUGCCAAAAAUUCUGGAGCAGUAUUUGAACAUUGAAGAUAACAGACUCCUGAUGCACUUGAAAGCAUGUACUGCAAUAAACAAACUCCCUUACGAUCUUUGGUUUAAAAAGUGUUUUGCAGGCUGUUUACCUGAGUCCAGUUUACAGAGAGUUUGGGACAAAGUUAUUAGUGGGUCCUGCAAGAUUCUUGUAUUUGUUGCUUUGGAGAUAUUAUUAACCUUUAAAAUGAAGAUAAUAGCACUGAAUACUGCAGAAAAGAUCACACAGUUUUUGGAAAAUAUUCCUCAAGAUAACACUGAUGCCAUUGUCAGCAAAGCUGUCGAUCUGUGGCACACACACUGUGGGACUCCAGCACACUCGGUCUGAGAACUUCCUUCACUUAGGACAGCUUGGGAAAAACCCAAACGACAUUUGAAAAGACAUUUGAUCACUGUUGCCCCACCCUGGUGUGAUCUUACUCAUUACCUCUUCUGUGUAACGAUGCUGUUAGAGCAGCUAAUACCACAGUGAUAGAUAUGUAACCUUUUUUCAAUAAAUACAGAUGGAAUGAAGAUACCUAGUGGCGGUGUGAUCAUGUCCAGCUGCAGUAUUCUGAUUGUACAGUGUGCUUUCUGGCUGUUGAGGAAGGAAAUCUAGCUCUUGAAGCAAGGUAAAUAUUCUUACUUAUCAUUUA